AAUCAGCCCGGAGGACCCCGUGCGGCGCCUGGGCCCCGGAAGCAGCGCUCCCCUCCCCGCUCCCCGCGCUUCCGGCCCAGCCCGCGCCCCCCAGACCCGGAGAGCCCGCAGCUCCGGCCCGGCGGCGAUGGCGCGGAGCGUGCGCGUGCUGGUGGACAUGGACGGCGUCCUGGCCGACUUCGAGGCCGGCCUUCUGCGGGGCUUCCGCCGCCGCUUCCCUGAGGAGCCGCACGUGCCGCUGGAGCAGCGCCGCGGCUUCCUGGCCCGCGAGCAGUACCGCGCCCUGCGGCCCGACCUGGCGGAUAAAGUGGCCAGUGUGUACGAAGCCCCGGGCUUUUUCCUGGACCUGGAGCCCAUCCCGGGAGCCUUGGACGCUGUGCGGGAGAUGAACAACCUACCGGACACGGAGGUCUUCAUCUGCACCAGCCCCCUGCUGAAGUACGACCACUGUGUGGGUGAGAAGUACCGCUGGGUGGAGCAGCACCUGGGGCCCCAGUUUGUAGAACGAAUUAUCCUGACAAGGGACAAGACGGUGGUCUUGGGGGACCUGCUCAUUGAUGACAAGGACACAAUUCGAGGCCAGGAGGAGACCCCAAGCUGGGAGCACAUCUUGUUCACCUGCUGCCACAAUCGGCACCUGGUUCUGCCCCCGACAAGGAGACGGCUGCUCUCCUGGAGUGACAACUGGAGGGAGAUCUUAGACAGCAAGCGAGGAGCUGCGCAGCGGGAAUGAGCGGGGAUGCCACGGGCAGCAGCUGGAGCUGAAGGAAGGGCAGGCCCACAGCGGCCACCGCAGAGCCGAGUCGGGGCGGCAUCGUGCUGGUGCCUCUGGCCCCGUGGAGUGGAGGAGGCAGAUACCGUUAAGCGCUGUGCUGCCGGGCCCCAGGCCCAGCCACCCGGUACCUCCCGGCAGGCUGUCCCUGGACCCUGGCUGGCAUGGAAAUACAGUGGGAAGACCAGUCGGGACCCUUUAAUAAAAGACCUUGGCUUUCUA